CCGCCACAGAUCAUCGCUCACGGAGCAGGAUGAGGCCACUUGUCACGCGCCGUGUGCGUCUCCGGCGCCACUUCCAUCGACUUCCUAUUGGGUACAGCGUUGCAUCUGCCUCCUCUAUCUCGACAUCCCUCAGUGAUAAGUCACCGCCCCGUACAAGCAACAAAAACGCGUCAGAUCUGUCGAUAUCUCUGACCCCGGCGGAAGACUCGCUUUUCUCCUUUCUCGAGUAUAUCCAGCAGCUUUACGCCCCCAAGACGCAACUGCGAGUAGCCGGUGGGUGGGUGCGUGAUAAAUUACGUGGCGCCGAGAGCGAGGAUAUUGAUAUCGCGCUGGACAACUUGAUGGGCGCCAAGUUCGCGCGGUAUAUCACGAAAUUCCAGCGAGACCGGAAGCUGCCGCCAAGCUCUGUAGGCGUCGUGAAAGCCAAUUCGGAUAAAUCCAAGCAUCUCGAGGUGGCGACAGUGACGAUCGAGGGGUCUACCGUCGAUCUGGUGCAUCUCCGAGCUGAGGAAUACACUCCAGACAGUCGAGUGCCCGAAGUUACGUUCGCCACCCCGGAAGAUGAUGCCAGUCGUCGAGACUUGACCAUCAACGCCUUGUUCUACAAUCUGCACACACGACACGUGGAAGAUUUUACUGGAAAAGGCGUAAAUGACCUCAAGAACGGAGUUAUCCGCACUCCACGAGAACCCGUGCAGACUUUUCUAGACGAUCCAUUGAGGGUGCUAAGAGCGUUGCGAUUCGCGUGUGAGUUUGGCUUCACGUUAGAUCCAGCACUGGAGACGGCAGUGCUGGAGCAGAGAGAGAUCGUCGGCGCCAUGAGAAGGAAAGUGAGUCGCGAACGUAUCGGCAUCGAAGUGCGUAAGAUGCUCUCAGGAAAUGACCCAGUGCGUGCGUUUGGGUUGUUGAGGAAGUUCUAUCUGUUGGAGCUGGUGUUCAACGACAGUGCCGGUAGAUUGGGUGAGGGGGAAGCGUAUGACGAGGUGGAGGACAAUGGGUUCAAGUACCCACCUCGAGAAUGGACCGAGUCGAUCCAGAAUCGAGCAUGUCACUACCUCAACUACCUGCAGCAGAGCCGCAAGUGCGACAUGUCGAAUGUCGAGUCUACUGCUGCCAUUUUCACGCCUUUAUUCCUGCCUAAAGUGCCUCUGAUUGUCCCUGAAAGCCACGUGCAGGACGAGUUCGUCGACGUUACUGAGCGAGAGAUCGUCGAAAGUUCACUAGAGUUUCUCGACCACCGAGAGGCUGUCGUGGCUGCUCUGGACACCAUCGAGAUCGUGGAGAUGCUUAAAGUCCAUGUGAAGUGGCCCAAGCCUUCUGGGAAGCGUGUGGCGCUGAUAAUCGAGGCCAUUGCGACGUACCCCGAGGCGCAACCGGCACCUGAUGACACUGCUAGCGUCAACUGUGCCAGUGUGAAGCACCGUCUGAAGCGAUUCAUGUGGAUGACGCAGUAUCGCUCCGUUAUCGCUCCAGCCUUAAGCAUCUUGACUUCUGCACGUAGCUUGGACAAUAAAUACACAGCUGAAAUGACUGCAGACGAGCAGGAAGCGAUGCUGAAAGUGUGUCUACACAUGGCCAAGUCGUACGUCAAAGACGAGAACAAGCCGAGUCGAUGUCGGCGACUGGAUGGGAAGACCGUACAGACGCAACUUGGUCCCGGGGCUAGUACCAACAUCGCUCGAGCUCUGCGAGUUCUGCUCGUGUGGGAACAUGUACACCCGGACGCGAGUGUUGAGGACGAGUUGGCGUUCCUCGAGCGCCUAGCACCUCAACUAGGGGCUCCUAUUAGAGACUAAACAACAUGGUCACUACAUGAGAAUGAAGUUGUACGGAC